AUUUCCUCUCGCUUGAUCAUUCUGAUCACUUAUCUCUGUUGCUACGUGGAUUAUCAUCCACUGCUUGUCUGUCGUUACGGAUGCCCUCCUCCACCCAAGAUUAAGAUACUUACCCCACGCGUUUGGCUAUCGUGAAUAUAGUCAAUGGCGAACGGAUACUCUCGACUACCCAGAGGCAUGCAGACUUCUCAGAACCGUCACAAUCGUUCUCAAAGCACCGUGCUCUUGCCUACUUCCUCUCCCCCGAAGCAGAGAGCAUCAUCCUACUAUCCCACCCAGGCCUUUGACGAGUCCAACCCUAACCCGGAUCCCUUCUACCUCGAACACUCACUGGCAGGCCACUCCUGGGGGCCAGGUCGGCCCGGCCUUCGUGAUGCUCACCAGUAUUUUGUGCUUCCUGCCGUGAGCCACUCCAAGUCACGUCCCUCGUCGGCCGUGCGUGACGAGACCAUCCGGUCCCGCCCCAACGUCAACCGAUCCACCCUUUCAGUCGUGGAAUUAGAGCACCAGUUGGGGCUACAGCAGACCGGAGCUUUGCGCCACAGCCGGGGAACCCAGCCGAUUAUCCAUCAGAGUCAGGGCUCCUUCAGCUCGGUACAAACCGAGGCCACGCCAGAGUUGACCCCUAGCAGCUCGUUCUCCUCCAAUUACUCUACCUCCCUUCAUCAGGAACCACUCGUCCAGAUGCCUAAAGGUACCAGCAGCAACCCGGCGUCAAGCGCCUUCUAUAUGCCGGCAUCGUCCCUGCGGAAUCGUUGUCAACCACCGGCGCCUAUCGUCCCACGCACCCCAACCCGGGAUGUGAGGACACCGCUCCCAUCGAGCGGAUCGUCCGACACGCUCAUCAUGUCUCAGCCCGAGUGCCAGGACCUCGCCAGCCUCCGGGGCAAGCCGCUUCCUUCUCUGCCUCCCUUCGCCAAUGCCCCAGCAUCCGGACGCAAUGCCAACGCAGUGGGUCCCAAGAAGCCCCAGACGCCGUCCGGACGGCCCUCCAUCGAACCCUCGAUGAUCUCGCCCCCCAGUCUCAUCAAUCCAGUCACCAUGGAACCCCACACGACGCACUUCGACCAAGCCCUCUUCAUCCCCGCCAAUGACUGUCCGAGUCCAGUACCCAGUCCCGUGCCAGGCUCCCCCGCCAUUGAACGGCAGAUCACAGCAACAUCGGGCAGGCACCGGCCCUCAACGUCCUUUUCGGAAGCCCACCGCUGCGAGCAGUCCGUCUGGGAAUCCGACUCGGAGAACGAAUCACUCGACCCGCGGUCCCUGUCCCGCAAACCAAUCGAUACCCUGAAGAAGGUGCGCAGUCGCGUCCAGCUCCGCGUCGCCAAGUCAACCCCCAAGCUGCAGAACAACCACCACAACCGCAAUCAGCAACACCAGCCACCACCCAGCCAGGGGUCAGGGCUAGAAAAGUUCCCAUCAAUGCCCGACCACCCAUCCGACGCCAUGGUCACACAGCCAGGCCGCCCCGACCGCGAUCCGCUUCGACCAGCCGCCCACCAAACCCUCCGACUGGUCGCCCCGUCCACCUCCUCCCUCGUCCAUCACAACCACCAUCACCCACAACCCCCUCGCUCGCGUCACAACACCAAUCCCCAUCCCAAUGAGCCGAGACAUAAUGUCGAUAUCGACCGCUCCACCGCGGCUGCCAUCCAGGCCAAAUCGCGUCGUCGUCAGCGCUCGGAUUCUCCCGACCCGUCGUCGCGCCGAACAGACCGCGACAAGCUCUGCUCCUUCUGUCGCGAGGAACGCUCCGACAAGGCCAUCCAUCACACCUUAACACUCGCUCGUCCCCCGCUCUACAAACGCGUCUGGGAUUCCCUGCGUGUGUUGGGCUGUCAUGCCGAUAUCACAACCACCCGCCCUCGCAAGCCCAUGUGACUCAAAAUAGAAACCCGGCCAGAUAAUAGCAAACAAACAUGAAAACAGAAAAAGAAAAGGGAAAAACAGCCAACACAAUUCGGCAACACACAGAAAAGCUCCGGCGUUACAUGUUACACAUUGGGUUUCUGCAGCGGGUUUAUUCCAAAUUACGAAAAAGUGGCUUUUGGGCUGGGUGCACGACUUGAUUUUCGAUAAUUGAUGCCUUACGAUAUGAUUCUUUUUCUUACUGGGCAGACAGAACGGCCACAAU